AUGCCUCGCAAAAGUGUCGAGGUGAGUCCUUGUCCCAUCAGCGUCUCUGGUGGAGGAAGUGUGAGCGCGAGAGAAGCCACUGUGGCCACUAUAUAUUCGCUGAAACUCUUUCCCGUCAAUGGUCGAACAGCGCGAUCGCAUGCAACGGUCAACAGCAGCAGAGAUUGACACGCAGACAAAGGGUAAAGGCAUCAGAACUCCCAGCAGCGGCGGAAGCGACUCGAGCAGCAAGAAGCGCAAGAAAGGGACUCGAGUCAGAAUAGCGCAAGCUUGCAACUUUUGCAGGAAUCACAAGCGUCGGUGUUCUGGUACCCUGCCCUGCGAGCUGUGCGCUAGGCGAGGUCGCGCAAAGGAGUGCGCCUACGAAACGAGCUCUCCGCCGGUAAACUCUGCUCAACUGAGCCCCGGAAGCCCCCCCAGUCGGACGUCCACUUCACAGAGAUACCCACCUCAAGCGUCCAUCCCACAAGCUGCAAGUUCACGAGUCACCUCUCAAUCUUGGAGCGACUGGCAAUCGCCGAGCCGGCGUGGGAGUCGAAUCAACAGAAGCAGAGCAGAUAGCAUUGCGAGCUACGACACCAUGGUUACGAUCUCAAGAGGCUCUUCCAUGGCACAUCAAAGCCAGCUAG